UGUUCCUUUGUUAUAUUUCUCUCUUCACACUGUUGUGCUGUAGCUCCCCAAGAGAAGAGAACGAGAGAGAAGAGGAGGAAGCAAAUAAAGGUAAAAGUUAAGUAUCUUCAAAUCAGGAGUUUUGUUGCCCUUUUGCUUAACCUGUGAGUGAUGUUCUUUGGGUCUUUGCGCAAACAAUGAGCAGCGUAAACCGCGGUGUUCGUUUAGUGAAAUGCCCGAGUUGUCUCAAUGUUCUCCCUGAACCAAAUAUUCCCGUCUACAAGUGCGGUGGCUGCGGAACCGUCCUUCGAGCUAAAGUCCGUAUUGCUAGCGGAGAAAACGCGGUCAGAACAUCUUUUUCAGAGAAACAAGUAAGUGCCCAACCGUCGGUCUUAGAUGAUCGUCGAGCGAAAAUAGCACUUGAAAAUCUGAGUCCUGACGACGAUCCUAAUGCUGGAAAAAAAUGGUUCGAGAGGGAGGAGUCCUUCGAGAACAGCAAAGAUGAGAUUGACGAAGGAAUUCCUGAGCUCGAGAGCUUAAGCUCUUUUGAUCAGCUUGGUCUCGAGGAAAUGCGCGUAAAUACUUGGUCGGCGAACCAAGAAAGAAACAUUGAGACUAAAGAAGAAAACCUUUUGAAUGAUAUGGCAGGGAAGUCUCUGAAACUUUAUCAGCAGGGCCACGAGAGUAUGAAGAUAAGUGAAAGAAUGGAAGAUUCUGAGGACUCCACCGACUGCGAAGCGUCCCCGGAACGCGAUUUAGUUCGUAAGGCCUUUGUCGAGGGGGACGGUGAUAUUGUAAGAGACAUUUCUGAAACGUCGCAAACAUGUAGCACGAGCGACGAUAGCUGUAACUCCUGCGAUCCUGAAGAUGAAACAGAUUUGCCCGAUAGCAGUUUCCGGCCCGAAAAUCAGCCUGACACUGACGAAAAAGCAGCAGACGAUCAUCUAGCAGAAGGUGCAGUGAAUUAUACUUCAGACGCGCAUCGUCAAACAGGCGAAUUUAAUGAAAAAGCAUCAAACGAGAAAGAUGGAUCAAACGUCGCGGGCAAGUUCGAUUUGAACUCUGACGAACAGCAGCCCUCCAACUACAAGGCUUACGCGGGGCGAGAAACCUCUUUUGACUCCAGAGAUUUCCAAUCCGCACAGAAUUGGAUGGAGCAAGAAAGUGACGGGUCAUUAAGUUCUCUUUCUAAGGAUACGUUAGGCGAUGAGAAUUUGUUGAAUCAUCAUCGUCACGGCAAUUCGGCAUCUAAAGAAGAGGCCCAUCACGGAGUUCUUCAAGAAAAGAUACUACGGAAGGUGGAUAGAUUCAGGAACGAACUUACCGAGUUGUUCGACAAAUCAAGAGAGAAAGAAGCAAGUGCGAAACGGAGUCUCGCCAAACAAAAGAGUCUCCAUCCUCACAUCGCAUAUCGUCAAAGAUUAAUUGAGAAGCCCUCUAGCUCUUGUUCGCGCUGCAACACUCAAAUAAGCUGUCGAAACGGGCAGUGUUGGCACCACUCUUGCUCUCGCAAUGCUCGUGCACAUGAGUCUAAAUUGAAGACGAUGCGUACGAUGGAGAAAAGGCAGAAACCGACGCAGCUCUUCCGACCGGUGUUAGGCGGCGCCCCUUUCGUCAUCUGCUACAACUGCUUCAAGUUACUUCAAUUGCCCGCCGAUUUUCUCGUCUCGAGAAAGAGAUUUCACAAGCUGCGGUGCGGUUCUUGCUCCGAAAUUCUUCGCUAUUCUUAUAGGCCCAAAACUCAUCCAGCAAAUCCGCAAACACUCAGCGAAGCUGAUAGUGACAAAGCAACUGCAAGUGGACACGAAACACUCAAUUCUCGCUCUAUGAGUUUCCCUCGAGGGGACCCGAUAUCUUUCACCGAGGAGUACGGUUUCUCAUUCGGCAAAAGCCACUCAACCGAGCCCGAUCCUCCGCUACAUGUGUCGAGGAACACAUCUUUUAAUUCGAGGGACGAGAGAAACGGCAAGCGGGCAUCCGGUUCACGACUUCACCGGUUGAUGGGCUACUCUUCUGCUAGUCAACUUUUGCGCCAACGUUCGUCCAGCGAGCAUUCCGAAAACACGGAAACGAAAGGAGUACAUGUUAGAAGACCUUCAGACGAAAUAUGUGCGAGGGAAGGAAGAGGGAAAGGUAUCUGCACGAAUGCGAUGAAAAUGCACGGCGAAGACGAUUCACCGAAGAGAUCGCGAGCUAGCGGAGUCGGGUUGCCUCUCCCCAGAGUAUUGAAGAAAGGUAUGAGGGAGCUCAGUAUCGGACUCGAGAACAUGAAAUUGAAGUCCACAUGAAUCAUCACCAGAUUUGUUAUCUAACUAACUUAGUUAAUGAGCAUAUAUAUAUGGUGUGAAUUGCUAUGUGGAGUGAUAUACAUGCUAUAUAUUAUUAUCUCUUCAUGUAAUUGUGUGCAAUUUUAGUGUCUUGUAAUAUAAAUAAUAAUCACAAACAUGUUCGAUCAACAUUUGAUUC